AUGUGGUCCGUACCUAGCAUUGCAACCGCCGCCAGCUUCCUCCUCCUCGCACUUCCUCCUGGACGAGCACAAGCGCAAGAGAACAUCACCGGCGUCCUCCUCCCCGGAUCAUGGGCGUACAAGCUCCCCAUCCCCUUUGACGGACCAUUACCCAUAUGGGGCAACCUGUCCACCAACUUUGUCGGCAUCACGACGUCCACCGACAACGGGACCGUCAACGACCUGCUCGCUGAAGCGCAAAACUCGACCUACUACGCUUUUGACGAGGAGUUUUUCGACCUGUUCGGAGGCCAAAGAACCGCUCCGCUCGUCCGGCUGCCUGUGCGAGAGGCGGAUUACGCAUAUGAAGCCGCCAUCUGGCUCUAUGACCGCAACGAGGUCUGGUUUACCUCUGCAGUGACCAGUCCUCCCUCGUACGUCUCCAAGCUUGAUCUGGCCACGAACAAGAUCACGAGGCUCGACAUUCCCCCGGUGGCGCAUGUCGGCGUGAACGGCGGCUACUAUUACAACGGCCUCGUUUACUUUGCCGCCACGGGGAACGAGUCCCUCCCCAACGCGCCCGCCGCCCUCUGGUCCGUCGACCCGAAGACGCUGCACGCCGAGGUGGUGGUGGACAGCUACUACGGCCUGCGGCUGAACUCGGUGGACGACCUGACGUGGGUGAAGGCGAACGGGUCGCAAGGGUCCAAGUCGUGCACCACGGCGGGUGAAUCGAACCUGUUCUUCACGGCGUACGACCUCGCCGCGCAGGGCGCCACGGGCUACGCUCCGAGCGCGUACAUGGCCAACGCGGUGUUCCGCUUCACGCCGGAGACGCAGACGCUGCGACCGGUGAUCUCGCGCGCCGACGUGCUCAUGCCCAACGGGAUCGCCUCGGACGCGACGGGCCAGCACCUCUUCAUCACGGACACGGCGUCGCCCUUCUUCGUCGGCGGCGGCUCCAACAGCUCCGGCUCCAGCGCCAUCGUGCGCUUCGACCUGGACGCCGACUGUAACCCGGUGAACAAGCUGCAGUGGGCCGUGCCGCGGACGUUCGCCGACGGGAUCCACGUCGACGACCACGGCCGCGUCUGGACGGGCGAGUGGGACGGCAUCGUGGUCAGGAACGCCCGGGGCAAAGUGAUUGGCGUCUUUGGCGCCAACGCCUUACAAGACGGGACGAGGCCGCCGAUUGCCAACUUUGCCCUCGCGGGGGAUAAACUGGUCGUUCUCGCCGUGGACAGGGCCUACGUCGUCACCCUGGGACAGACUGUCGUAACGCCGGGUCGCUAUUCGAGCUGA